AUGUGUCGCUUCUCUAUAUUCUCUUCACAGGAUGGCUUCGCUGUUGAACUGGCACGAAAAGAGAAUGAGGCUGUGGAGUCGUUGUCAAUCCCAUUUACUCGAAUUCUGAAAAUUACUACUUCACCCAGUUAUAAAGAAAGUCAGUGCCAAGAAUUUGGAAUUAGUAUGGAUUUGGACGAAAUCUCAUCACGAAAAUUGGCCGUUCUUUAUGGAACAGCGCUCAAAGAUGACAGGAAGAAAAUAAUUUUUUACGAUCUCACCUGGUUUGAUAAACCGAAGAUGACAAUAACCGUGCUUUUCAAAGGGAAGAACGAGAUUUACGACUGUAUUAAGGGACUGCAGAGAUGGGUAGGUUGGGAUACAGUGUAUUAUCCACAGGCUCUCCUUAGGCAUAUACAUUCAUAUAAUAUGUUCAUGUGUGUGUUUUAA